AUGCGCAAAGGAUUCUGGAAAGUCAUUCCUCUUGACAAAGUUAAAAACUUCUCCGGCCGCUUCAUUGAAGGAUUAACAUGCGGUGUCAAGAAAGAACUUGACUUUAAUUCAUUCAUCGCCUACUUCAGUCCACCAUCAAGAAAUUGCGUUGUUUGGCCAGUUUUCACCCAAGCAAUUUCCAAAUUCACUUCUCAAGAAUUUUCCAAAUUAAUGGGAUUCAUAACUGGAAACGAAACUCCAAAGAAUGCAAAAGACUUUUGCUUGAAGUUAGCUGAUAAAUCAACAAGCUAUCAAGAUGAAAAUAGUUUCGCGCUUCCAUUUGCUCACACAUGUUUCAAUUUAAUUGAAAUUAUGCCAUAUAAAACACCAGAACUCCUAAGACAAAAAUUGAUAAUUUGCUUCUCAUUCCAAGCAGAAUUUAAUGAUUAA